AUGCCGGCAUCGGAGGGACGGGCCGGCAACGUAUGCAUCUGGAUCAUUGCUUGCCUCUUCUUCAUCCUCAUUCUCUCCGGCGGAACUUUCCUAGUACUUUACAUUACAUUACCGGCCUCACCGGUUACCGCUUGGUUUCCAAUUGCAGGUCUAGUCCUAGUGGGGAUCCCCUGGUUAUUUUGGAUCAUGACUUGUAUUUAUCGGUCUAUCACAUUAAAUAUAUCUAAUUUAUAUGAAUCUCGUCCACCUAACCGUAUAGCCACGGUUGCACCUAUCGGUGGUGGUGGUGGCGAUGGCGGUGGUGGUGGCGGUGGCAAUGCUACUACGCCAGGUGGUGGAAAUUCACCUGGAGGCUCUCCAACAAGUGCGAGAAGAGUACGGUUUGGUGCGGCCACUGUUUUAGGCUCGCAAGAAGGGGCCGGAGAUGUUUCCGACCGCAAUGUGACUCCGGCCCCGGCCGAUGCCGAACCAGAUGGGAACAAUUCUACUGCAAAUUCAAACUAUGAAGGGUCAUCCCUAAAUUCACAUGAGAGUGAGAGGCCAUUGGCUUUUUCUAUGUCUUGA